CCUGAACCAUAUCGAAUAAAUAUUGUUUUAUAUUACUAUAUUCGAAACCAAUAACGUGAUCAAUAAUUGAAUCUAGACAUCAAAAUUUGGUGCUUUUCUCAAAACAAGAAGAGAUAAAUAUACAUAGGGGUGUGAUUUUGUCUGAGCAGCAAUACGUGAUUAUGACAUUAUUGGUGGGACUGACGUUUAUUUAGAGAGAGUUCUAACUCUUACGAAAAAGUAAUCAUAGAUCUACUUAUCUACAUAUAGUCCACUAAUUUGUCAUUAUCGACUAGGAAAAAAAUCUUUGAUUGGAAUCUUUUGAAUUUUCAAGUAUAUAGUUGUUUCCAUCUAGAUCAUUCAAGCUGAUUAUAAUAAGUCUGAGCAUAGACUUGUUAUAAAUAUUGUAAAGACAAAAAGUUGAUAGAUGUGAAAAUUAACUAUCAGUCCACGACAAAAGUCAACGUAAAUGUGCCUUGACUUUUAGAAACCUCCCCCGCACGUGACCGGUUGGAGAAAGCUUCUCUCCGUCCUCUCGUCGUUUAAUGUUUCUCACAACCUUUGUUCGCCGAGUUGUCUCUCACAAUCGUAAUGGUUAGAAAUUAUUAUCGUUUGUAUAUUACUGUUACAACAACAGUAAUAUUUUCUCUUACUGCGUAAGAACAAUUUAUCAAGGUAAAUUAUCCAAGUAACUUGCCUUUGCUUAGUCUCAUUGUACUCGUUAGAUCCGCUAAGUAAUAUGUAACGUAAUUUAGUGGUUGUUCUAUGGCUUGUCUGAUGAAACAUGAAAUCACGGAUUGUAAUACUUUUUUUUUUUUUUUUGAGUCUCAGGGCAAAUUAAAAUAGCAAAUACGAAGUGGAAGAAUUUUUUUUUUUCUGGCUAGUCAAUGUUCUGCUUUAUGGAUUAAGUGACAAAUAGUCUUUGGACUUUUGUGAGACAUAAAACAUCAUCACAUUAAGGAAACUUGAAAAGUACAACCAAUAGAAAAAUCGAAAUUGAAAUAUGGCAUGAUGAGAUAUUCCUAAUUUGAAAAAAUUAUAACAAGAAAAAAAACAGCUGGAAUUAUUCUAAAGAAACGGUAACAGUACUGAUAAGUGUUGACGUAAAUUUGGUACAAUAUAUGUCGAGAUUUUUUACUAAAAUAGUCACAAUUUAUCAUUUAUACACACUAACACUCACACACACAUUCUAUUUGGCCAGCCUAUAUAACAACAAACUUCGAUACAGAAACAAAGCAAGAAAAAAAAAAACACUUAGAAAAACUUGAAAUUGUAAGCAAUCGACUUUGAGAGAACUCUUCAGUCCUUGACUAAUGACGAAAAACACAAGAAACACCGGUGGAAGGAGCUCACAAGAGAAGAUUAGUGAUGGUCGUGAUCCUAACAUCUGGGACUGUGAGAGUACUCUCUACGAUUCCUACGAACUUGUCUCUUUUGUUCACAUCAUCGAACGUAAACUAAUGCCUUACUCUCCUCUCGCUCCGAAGUCUGGUUUGAGUCUACGAGCGGUGAUGGAUAAAGAUAACGACGACUGUUCCUCUGCGUCGACUAAGAGGGGGCGUUGUAUUCACCGGAGGAAAUAUUGGUGGAACAGAAAGAAGAACGACGAAAUGAAGGAACGAAUACAUAAGAAGAAGAAGAAGAUGUUUGAUUGUAGUCUUUGGUGGAAUUCGUGUUACAAGAACUUGUUCUUAUAAUAUGUAAGCAGGUUAGUUGUUUAUGUGAUGAAAGUAAUGUGUUGUGUGUUUUAGGAGAUUGUAUUACUAUACAAGUAAUCGAAUAAACUGAGAUGUGAUAAGUAUAAAGAAA